AUUUAUUUAGAAAUAUUCUAGUUUUUUCUUCAGAUUUCAAGAUGGGGGGGAGUACUUACUCCCAGGAUACGAUAGCAACAGAGAAACAGGCAGCUCAGAGGACUUCCCCAAUCUUGUUCAAUGCAUGUGUGGCGGGAUUCACAGGAGGUGUAUUACUCCUAAUGUCCUUCUGUUCCCCGUAUUGGCUUCAAUCUUGGAGUGAUACCGCCUCUCCUUUCACCAAUAUGGGACUAUGGGAGGUCUGCUUCUACAGAUUCAGGUAUCUAUCUAUAGCGCCCCUUUUCCCCUGUUUCCCAGCCAGGUACCUAACCCCCCUUUUUUCAGGUAUCAACCUCCCCCCUUUCUGUUUUUCCCAAAUUAAUUUAUUCAGAGCUAAUGGUACAACUGUUUCCUUUAUGAUUAACAACAUGUCGUCUUCCUAUUUAAUCUUUAAAUAUUUUAGGUUUGAGUGGCAGGUUGUUCUGGCAUCGUGUGUUAUGAAGUGUUUGGUUGCAAUACUGAUAUUUAUCGGGAUCUGCCUGUUCGGUGGAUCCUGCUGGGAUAGAGGCUGGUUGCUCUACCCUAACUACAACUACGUCAGCUGGAGCUACGCAUUCGCCUGCUUUGCUAUGGUUGCUCAUGGCGUGGCCGGAUUUUUCAUGUUUAGAGAAGAGCGUGCGGCAAAAGAGCGUCGAGACCGCAAUAUGGCGCUGGUUAUGCAAAUGUACCCCACACCUGGACUAUUCGACGGCAGUAUUUCAAACUACCACGAAUUAAGCAUGUUCUUGUCCCAGCAACUGGAAGCAUCAAGACCAAGUUUAUACCGAGCAGUUUCUAGUUUUAAUCUAAGAAACAGUAAUCAACAUUUCUCUCCAGCUUCUACAGGAGCGCUUAGUGUCUCACAGCCAGUCAUUUCAGUUGCAAUAUCACGGUCUCAGCCUAACAUUUCAGGAGUUCCAACCCGUUCUCAGCCUGACAUUUCAGUAGUUCCAACCCGUUCCAAACCUAACAUUUCAUUAGUUCCAACCCAUUCCAAACCUAACAUUUCAGGAGUUCCAACCCAUUCUCAGCCUAACAUUUCAGUAGUUCCAACCUGUUCUCAGCCUGACAUUUCGGUAGUUCCAACCCGUUCCAAACCUAACAUUUCAGCAGUUCCAACCAGUAUCCAGCCUAACAUUUCAGUUAUUCCAGCCAUUUCCAAGACUACCAUUUCAGUUGCCUCUGUGCCUAACGUUCCCGAAUCCCAACUUGGAGUAGUAAGCCUUAAAAACCCUGGUAUUUCAGGGACUAGAGUUUAAAACUCUGUAAAAACAUGAAAUUUCCCUGAACAGACUUUAAGGUUGAAAAAAAAAUAUAUGAAGAUGUCUGUUAAGAUCAGAAUAGCAUUUUUUUUAAAAUCCAAAAAUCACCUCUAACUUGUCUUUGAGCUGCAUGCCAGCGUUCCUAUUUUUGUUGGCAAAGUGUUGGGGAAAAAAUAUUUUAACGAAAAA